AUGGCAAUUCGACGCAUCACCUCCGUCUUCCUCAUGGGCGCACUCCUCACAAUCCUAACCCCCUUCCGACCCUUCUCCUGGAUCAUUCCCACCGACGGCCCUGAACUCCUCGACGCCUUCGUCGCCCCAGUCCUCAUCAUCGGCGCACUGUUCUUCCAAUGGCGCAUCGCUGGGGUCGUUGCUCCUUUCACAGUCGAAAUCCUCGACAAUGUCUUCAUCUACAAGCAAGACAACUACUGGCCAUUGGCAUUCUUCCAGGUGGUCUUGGCUGUUGCCGUUGGAUAUGGCGAGAACGAGAUCUGCAGACGGUUUGCCGCUGUUGGAUCGGUUGCGGGCCUUUGGCUGGUUGGUUGGUUCUGCACUCCGUUGAGAUACAAGUUGGAGGCUUGGGAGCAUUUGAAGUGGGUUUGGACGUGGAUGGCGUUCGAACAGGGAACACGGCUCAUGCAGGGUUCUCGUGGAGGCAGAAGACGUUAUUAA